AUGGGGUCCAGCUGCAUGUUCCUCUACAUCAACAGUGUCCUGCUGUUCACCUUGAGGAGUAAGUCGGUAUUUUGUGAAACCUCCCGCUACAUCCUGCUGUAUAAUCUUCUUUUUGCAGACACUGUUUAUCUGAUAUCGAGCUCGCUGCUUUACCUGUUGGCUGCUUUUCGGAUAAAACUGACAUUUUACAUGUGCAGUGUUGUAAUAUUACCCCCAGUGCUCGUGUACUCAGUCUCGCCUCUAACCCUAACGGUGAUGUCACUGGAGAGAUUCGUGGCCAUAUGCUAUCCACUGAGACACGCUGUCAUCAUCACCAUCAGAAGCACAGGUGUGGCAAUCACUCUGGUGUGGCUCAGCAGUUCCCUCAACAUCAUCAUUCGUGUUUUAAUGCUAUUAUGUUCAAACACUGAGUUCUCAUUUGACCUGCAGAUGAAGGACUUCUGCUCUGAAGAGGCCUUGUUUCGUGUACCAAUGUAUUAUUAUUUUGUCACAGCAUAUUCUGGCAUUGUCUUCCUGUCUGCAGGUGUCACAAUCAUCUGUUCCUAUAUAGGUGUGACGCUUGUUGCCAGGUCUGCUUCAACAAACAAAGCCUCAGCCAGAAAGGCCAGCCAAACCCUUUUGCUCCACCUGUUUCAGCUGGGCCUGAUCCUCAUCUCCACUUUUCACUCCAACAUCAUCACAGCCGCUGCUACAAUCAUGGAGAGAUCACAUGUUUUACGCCUUCAUAGCCUUUCCUUUAUUUUCCUCAACAUCCUCCCCAGGUGUUUGAGUACUUUCAUCUAUGGCUUCAGAGACCAAACCAUCAGGCCAUUCCUCAUACAGCAUCUAUGCUGUCAGUGGAGAUGCUCAGCUUUCCUGAACAAAGCAAAUGCUGGAGGAGGACAGGCUACGGUGCAGGUUCUCACUCCAUGCGACGACCUCGCCGCCUCCACUCUCUUCCCAGAGAGUAUUCAUGGCAUCCGGGGACCAGUGGAGGUUGGCGUGGGUGAAGGAGAUGAACCAGUCCAUCUAGCCAUCGUAGCUUGUCCUGGCGACGAGGAGGAGACUGUGGACCAGGACGGAACGGGGGGAGAGCGAGGCGAGGAGGAUCCUGGCGAAGGGCCGUCUGGUCCAGCAGCAGCUACGCAGAGACCCCGCCGAUUCAGGAACGUGGUCCGACCUGAGGACCACCCAAUUCUCGACAUCCAGCAGGCGGGGUUCCGCAUGCUGGAGCGGGAAUUGGGUGGCCUACGGCGGGGUCUCUGCUGCAUCAAUCAUGCUAUGAGGCGGCAUGAGCGACUCCUGGGCCAAGGCGUCGCGACGCUCCAGAGGAGUGCUGCGGCACUUGAGCGCUUGGCUCACCUGGGGCCUCCAGCUCCAAUGGCCCCAGUGGAGCAAGGCGCUCAAGUGGCCCAGCCGCCGGGAACUCCUGCGCCUCAGGCUGCACCAUCUCGUUCUCCUCCCAACACCAGAGCGCGCUGCCAGCCUCACACUUCUCCUCGUCGUCCCUCCUGCGGCCGGCCGUCUCGUCGUGGCCCACGUCUGCGAGUGAGGGGAGGAAGAAGCAUGCAGUGA